ACCUCUCUAUUCUGUGUCCUCAGCAUAAUUUGACAUGUCAAAUCUUCUACAUUUAGUAACCUGAAAAAAAGAAAAAUGGAUAUAAAUAACACAUAACUUGAAUAAUUGUUCUUGAAAUCAAUAAAUGAAAAUGGAACAAACGACAGAAAAAAAUUCUCGAAACUUUAAUACACCUUGGAUAAAAUGUAUAUAUGGUCGUUUAGCUUUCCUCUGUAUAUCUGCUGCAAUUAUUAGAUAUUGGAUAAUAUUCUUUUCAAAUUAUCAGAAUAUAAUAGCCAAUCACCUAGAAGUAUCUACACCUCUUAAUGCUUGGAAAAGAGUGAAAGAAGGUUUAUAUCUACAAUCAAUUGGAAUUAACCCUUAUGAGGGAGAUGCACUUCAUGAAGCACCAACUUCAUUGUACUUUUACAGAUAUUUGACAGAGAACAUAAGCCUUUCUACAGGAAUAAUAUUCAUUAUAUUUGAUAUUAUCACUGCCAUUGUUCUCUUUCUUGCCACACGCCAAUACAUGUUUAUGGUUUAUGUGGAAAGAGAAGUAAAUAAGAAGAAAUAUGCCAAAGACACUGAGGAAUAUCUCUAUACCAAUAUGGACCUGAGGAGAGCUCCAAUUUAUGUAGCUGCAACAUUUUUAUUCAAUCCAUAUACUAUUUUCAAUUGUGUAGGAUUUGCAACAACAACUAUAUUUAAUUGCUUUCUAUCUUUAUUUCUAUACUUUUUGCUCAGCAGAAAGGCUUAUUGGAGUAGUUUUUUUCUCUCAAUAUGUUCAACUGUAUCGAUUUACAGUGUAGUACUAGUAGUGCCAAUGUGGUUGCAAUUUUAUAAGCAAUUCAAUGGAAAACUCAGGGCUGUUUUGAGUAUUCUAUACUUCACUUUGAAUUUAAUUUUACUAUUGUAUAUUGCAUUCAUUUUAGAAAGGUCUGGUACAUUCCUCCAUAGUGUAUAUGGCUUUACCUUAACAGUAUCCGAUUUAAAACCAAAUAUAGGUUUAUUUUGGUAUUUCUUCACUGAAAUGUUUGAUCAUUUCCGAGAACUGUUCAUUUAUUCUUUCCAGAUUAAUGCAACAAUUUUGUAUCUCAUUCCAUUAGCUCUCAAAUUUCGAAAUGAUGUUUUCUUACUUAUCACUGCUUUACUUUACAUCUUGACAAUUUUUAAGUCGUAUCCAUGUGUCGGAGAUGUAGGUUUAGUAAUUGGUUUAUUGCCAUGUUUCAAACAUUUGUUUAAUUAUUCACAACAACAGUUUCUGAUCCUUGUAAUUUAUCUGGUAACUUUCUGUUUAGGGCCUAUAGUUUGGCAUCUUUGGAUAUAUUCCAAUUCAGCUAAUGCUAAUUUCUAUUUUGGCGUUACUUUAGCUUUUGCAGUUGCUCAGAUAUUUCUUGUAACAGAUAUCCUAUUUGUUUACAUUAAAAGAGAAUUUUCCUUAUAUUUUGGAAAAAAAAGAAAAAUUAAAGGAAAAGACGCCAUUUUAGUGUUAGAAUAGAAAAUCAUUUUGUAUUUGGAAACGUCUCAAUAAAAUGUUUGUAGAU